UUGGCUAUCAGUCGGGUCUGAGAGCGGUGAUUGGCUGCUCCUGCCCGUCGCUCAAGCGCCCUCCCCGGAGAUGGUCGGGGUGGGACUUGAGCUGGAGAGACCCGGGGUCGACGAACUGGUGAAGGCCAUGCCACCUCCUGGGAAAGUUCCCCGGAAGGACAACCUGUGGCUACAGUGUGAGUGGGCGUCCUGCUCUUUUGUGUGCUCAGCCAUGGAGGAAUUCUUUGAGCACGUCACUCAGCACCUGCAGCAGCACCUGCAUGACUCUGGGGAAGAGGAAGAAGAGGAGGAGGAGGAUGAUCCACUUGAGGAAGACUUCUCCUGCUUGUGGCAGGAGUGUGGCUUUUGUUCUCUGGACAGUUCAUCUGACCUCCUCCGCCAUGUCUACUUUCACUGUUACCACACCAAGCUGAAACAGUGGGGGCUACAGGCCUUGCAAAGCCAGACUGACCUCAGUCCCUGCAUCCUGGACUUCCAGAGCCGGAACGUCAUCCCUGACAUCCCUGACCACUUCCUGUGUCUGUGGGAGCACUGUGAGAGUUCCUUCGACAAUCCUGAGUGGUUUUAUCGGCACGUGGAAGCACACAGCCUGUGCUGUGAAUACCAAGCAGUCGGCAAGGAGAACCAUGUACUGUGUGGCUGGAAAGGCUGUACCUGCACCUUCAAAGAUCGCUGUAAGCUUCGAGAGCACCUCCGCAGCCAUACCCAGGAGAAAGUGGUAGCCUGCCCCACCUGUGGGGGCAUGUUUGCCAACAACACUAAGUUCUUAGAUCACAUCCGUCGCCAGACCUCACUGGAUCAUGAGGAAACUGAGGCUCAGAGAGGUUAAAUCACUUACCUGAGAUCACACAGCUAAGCAGCACUUCCAGUGUUCUUACUGUUCCAAGAGAUUUGCCACGGAGCGGCUAUUGCGAGACCACAUGCGCAACCAUGUGAAUCACUAUAAGUGCCCUCUAUGUGACAUGACCUGCCCGCUGCCUUCCUCUCUCCGCAACCACAUGCGCUUUCGCCACAGUGAGGAUCGGCCCUUUAAAUGUGACUGUUGUGACUACAGCUGCAAGAAUCUGAUCGACCUCCAGAAGCACAUGGAUACCCACAGCAAGGAGCCAGCCUACAGGUGUGACUUUGAGAACUGCAGCUUCAGUGCCCGCUCCCUCUGCUCGGUCAAGUCCCAUUACCGCAAAGUACAUGAAGGAGACUCAGAGCCAAGGUACAGAUGUCAUGUGUGUGACAAAUGCUUCACAAGGGGCAACAACCUCACCGUGCACCUUCGCAAGAAGCACCAGUUUAAGUGGCCGUCAGGGCACCCCCGUUUUCGGUACAAGGAGCAUGAAGACGGCUACAUGCGACUGCAGCUGGUUCGCUAUGAGAGUGUAGAGCUGACACAACAACUACUGCGGCAACCGCAAGAGGGGUCGGACCUGGGAGCGUCCCUGAAUGAGAGCAGCCUGCAGGGCAUCAUUUUAGAAACAGUGCCAGGGGAGCCAGGUACUAAGGAAGACAUGGAAGAGGAAGAGGAGGGUAGGGGCAGCGAGGGGACAGUCCUCUCAGCCUCUCAGGACAACCCCAGCCCUGUCAUCCAUGUGGUGAAUCAGACCAAUGCCCAAGGCCAGCAAGAGAUUGUCUACUACGUGCUGUCUGAAGCUCCAGGAGAGCCCACCCCCGUCCCUGAGCCACCCUCAGGGGAUAUCAUGGAAGAACUUCAAGGAAUAGCUGAGGAGUCAGAAGUCCAGAUGGUGUGAAGCCUGCAGAGCCAGACCAUUCCUACCCCAGACCCCGGGGUUUGAGCCAGGCUGGUGAUGUGCCUCUAGUGGGUAGCCCUUGCCAAUGGAUGCGUCUAGGGGUGGUGCUGAGAACAGUGUGGUCUGCUGUGGCCCAACCCUGCAUCAUUCUGUAGUCUCUAAGGAUUUCUUUUUUCUGCCAGAUUGCAUUUUGUUGGGAGCCUGAGGAGUUUGGAUUCUUUGAGGGGACUCUGGAUGUGUAUGUUCUUGUUAAGGGGGUUAUUAUCAGGCUUAAUUAUGACCCCUAAGACAUGCUAGAUGGUGAUUAAAUCCUUAGUCAACUCACAUCCAUUCCCAUUUAUAGGGGUCCUUAGGCCCAGGGAACAUGUGUGACUGGUCCCUACAAAGGCCCUUUCCUUGUCACCAGCUGAGGCAUUGAGAACCAAGUAAUCAUUUCCCUCUUAAGUUUCUUCUACAACCCCAAGGACUUUAAUGGUUAUCCUCAGGGAUGGGGUUAUUGGCACUGAGUGUGUGUAUAACAAUUGUUUUUGGUAAUAAAAAAAAUGCUUGGGCUGUUA